UUGCUGUCACGAUGGAUGUCUCGCGCUGGUCAAAAGUCACAGGUCGCAGGAACCUUUUGCUUCCAUAAAAACCCGGUUUUUCUAUUGCGUUUCUGUUUGUUUUAUUGUGACUGAAUUACAAGAGAUGUUCACCAUAGUUCAUCGGCUUUGCAAGUAACAGUUCGACAACGAUCACGAAAAAUUGUGUUGGGUGUGUUGUGUUGACUAGGCCAGGGUUAGGUGUUUUCCCAAUUACUAUGUCAUGCGUGACCGCGCUGCAGGUAGUGCGAGCAGGACAGAACAAGCCUAUUGGAGGCGAGUUGUUGAAUUUAUUGAUCAUUGCAGCAGGUCGGUCCCGCAUUCUCGUUUGUUUGUUUGACGUUUGCUCCGACUGCAGUUCGUUCGGUGUGUAGAGCAUUGUUUUGUUUUUCGCUAUCAUUUUCUGGUGCAUUACAACAACGAUCAAAGUAGAACGAUAGUGAAGUUAAGUGAUUUUAUACAUACAUAGCGUACGAGCUAUUUACCAGUUGUACGGACAGAAAACAAAGCGUCACAUAUCACACCCAUUGUAUCAACAACAAACAGAAUGACUCACCCCUUGAUGCGCCAUGGUGUUGUCCACAGUGUGUCGUCCGGAAGUGUGUCCAUUUCUGCGUUCACUUCCGGAUAGAUAGGGUGGGCGUUGGGCUGAAGCCAUCGGGCUCACCUACCUUCUGCGGCACUGUUCAGCUCGAAGAUCACGUCACAUGAUUGCGGGCCACCGCCAACCCAAGCCAAGGCACAGGCGUCGGAAGUGGGAAAAGUUCCAUUUUUCCCGUGCAAAGCUUCUGAACCCAGUGCGAAAUGGGCAACUGCCUCAAAGGAUGCCUUUCCGACGACACCAAUGGAGGGAUGAGCCGAACGCGGAUGAGUGCCAGCGAUAGUCAGUACGAGAUCCUGAUCGAGGGAAUGCAAUGCACGGAUGACGGACACCAGGAUGGUGGUGGUGGUGGUGGCGGCAUAGGCCAGGAUGCUGGCGGUGAAUUGCAAGAAGCAAUAAAAAUCAAAUCAAAUCGCAAAUCAAACUUUUUCAACAAGUUCUGGACGAAAACGAGUGUGGACUACGCAAGACUGAACAAAGUGAAACACAAUAAUUUUUCGAAACGCGCUGUCACCGCUGGCGGACACACAAGUAAACAUAAUCAGCAUCCAACGUCGGGAUUGGACAUUCAACUGCAGUGCCUCGAUGCACAUUCUUUGCUGCUCGUGUCGAAGGAUGGCCAUCGGAAAACGAACAACGGUUACAACGAUUUGCAAACGGACCAAACCUCCACGCCGGGGAGCUCGAUCGAUCUGGAGUGGGAAAAUGAUUACGGUUAUCAGCAGAGUCAGUGGUUAUCACAGGAGGACGAUCAAAUGGGACCUUCGCAGCUGCAAAGCUUUCCGGCCUCGGUGCAAGAAUCGGUGUUUAAGAUCGAAGAGUGGUCCACACUCAAACGCAGCAAGGAUCGCAUCAACGCACUACGCAAACUGGACCACCACCAGCAACUGCACCACCCGCUGAUGCACCAGGCGCAAAGCAGCCGAUCAUCAUCUCAUCGCCCAAUGUCGCCCAACGCUAGCGCGCCACCGGUCGACAUCGCCGGAUCGCUCGAUUGCAUUCAUCCCGUGCCGAGCUACGUACGCCCAUUCCCAUCGCUAGAACAGCACACGGCCAGUCUCACGAGUGUGGACCGAAUGACGCGCGGCGAGUCGUCGGACCUUUCGCACAUAUCAUCGACACCGGAGGGUUCACUCGAGUGGGACAUCGAUCAGGAUCGGCAGCUAAAGUCGGAGAACGAAUCGCUCGAUUACGACACCAAGGAGUUGCUGCUGGAGAUUGAGCAGCUAAAAAAUCGCGUCCUCAACGAAACCGGCGCCACGCUGAGGGACGAUUUGCCGAGCAGCUGAUCGGCGAACGGUAGCGAUGGGGAGGACUUGGAGAACUUUACUCAUUGUUCUCGCCCCCCUCGUUGGGAUGAUUGAAAUGCCGAUGGAUCUAACCGAUGCAUCGUAGUAGCCUAAGCCUUGUACAGUACUAUCGGUAGAGAGCGAAAGAGAGAGAGAGGAAGGACAGGAGAUCGAGUAUAUUUAUUGUGUGUGUGGUUUGUAUGGAUGUAUUAGCACCAACGUGAAACAACGUAUUACAGUACUUAAAACGCUAGCGAAUUCCGAAAAGUACAUAUAUAUUCAACUAUCGUUACUGUACACCAAAUAGGUGGGGCCCGUGUUGGUUCUAGUCCCGUUUCUUCAACAAACUUCUCCAACACCUCUUUAGUGCGAGUUCCAGUGACGGUUGGUCUCACAUCCGUGCUCGUUGGACAGAAGGCCGGCUUUCCAUUUCGGUUACGGUUUCCCCGUCAAGGUACCCACCAGGUACGGUACGGUGUCAAUCUAUUUAUAUGCAAUAUACAUACACACACACAAACACCAAUUUGUACGAGAUACGUAUAACACAUCGUUGCAUUUUUUAACCUUCGUUUAACUUAAUUGUUUGUGAGCGGUUAUCGCCCCCGUAGCGCCUACGGCCACGGUAACAAAACUAGAGUGUCCUUCCCGAGUUUUCCGAUAGCUGUAUUGUUGUCGUGUUAAUAGAAUAUUAAUUUUAUCUUUUAGCGUAACAGACCGGUAAGGAGGAGGGGAGCAGGUGACGCGCAGUUGCGGCCAGCUACCACAAUAACAAUGAAAUUUGUGCAUUUGUUGGCCUCUGUUGUACGGAGUGCAAAAUUCAUACUAUUUAGUGAAUGAAAUAUAUAUACAUAAAUGAUAGAACCACUUCAA